AUGUCCGAAGGGAAGGAAACUACUCCUUUUGAUAUUAAACUUGUGAUGGAUGCUAUGACUGAUAAAUUGCUCAAGAUAAUGAAACAGGAAUUAGAACCAUUGCAUGAGAGGAUGGAUAGUCUCGAACACUCCCAAACCAAUUCUAAGUCCCGGAGACACAAAGCGCCAACCCGUGACUAUGAAAGUUCCAACUCCGAGGAGGAAUAUGGGUCGAGGACAUGGAGGAAUAAACACCGCAAAGCUGGUGUGGAUCCAAUCAAAGGCGUUAAAAUGCAAUUGCCUACUUUCCAAGGCAAAUCCGACCCCGAUGUCUAUUUGGAAUGGGAGAAACGAGUGGAGUUGAUCUUUGAUUGCAAUGAUUACACCGAGGAGCAGCAAAUGAGACUUGCAGUCAUGCAAUUCACCGACUACGCCAUAGUGUGGUGGGAUCAAAUCACUACUAGUAGAAGGCGAAGUGGUGAAUACCCUAUCACUACAUGGACCGAAUUGAAGGGUGUCAUGAAAAAACGCUUUGUUCCUAGUCACUACCACCGUGACUUGUACCUCAAACUUCAAAAUUUGACACAAGGAACCAAAAGCGUGGAGGACUACCAUAAGGAGAUGGAGAUAGCCAUGUUAAGGGCUGACAUUGUCGAGGACCGGGAAGCUACUAUGGCACGAUUUUUAAGUGGAUUGAGGCCUGAAAUAGCGGAUCAAGUGGAGAUGCACCACUAUGUGGACCUCCAUGAUAUGCUAGACAAAGCUAUUAAGAUUGAAAGGAGGCUCAAGAGGAGGGGUCCAAUUCGACAAAAUUCCAACUUUCAAGCUGGAAAUUGGAGAAACCAACCCUUCAAGAGGGAGGUCAGCCCCUCUAGUGCAUUCCCUUUGACCAAACAAGGUGGGACAACCAAGGAAUCACUAAGGCCGAAUGCAACUUCCUCAAAACCACCCUCAAGGGGCGAUGGUAGGCCUACUCAUGAGGUAAGCAAAGUUCGAAACCGAGACACUAAGUGCUUUAAGUGUCAAGGAUUUGGACAUAUUGCUUCCCAAUGCCCAAAUCAAAGAGUUAUGCUUAUGCUACCAAAUGGGGAAGUACAAACGGAUGAGGAGGAUGAGUGUGAGGACAUGCCUCCCUUGGUUGAGGAAGAUGAGGAAUUUGAGGAGAUACCAGCUCAUGGUAAAGUUGGUAUGGUUGCAAGGCGAGCUCUAACUACUCAAGCUGGUAGAGAUGACCUUCAACGAGAGAACAUAUUUUACUCAAGGUGCCAUGUGAUGGACAAGCUUUGUAGCUUGGUAAUUGACCCAGGGAGCUGUACCGAUGUUGCUAGUGCACUCAUGGUGGAACGAUUGAACUUGCCAACAAGUGAUCACCCCCGACCUUACAAACUACAAUGGUUGAAUAAUAGUGAGUCUUUGCUCACUAAUGAACUUGGUGCUUCCUUGCCUAGUGCUAUUGCUAACCUUUUACAGGAGUACCAAGAUGUAUUCCCUGAGGAUAUACCUAAUGGGUUACCACCUUUGAGGGGAAUUGAACAUCAAAUUGAUUUCAUUCCUGGCUCUUCCCUUCCAAAUAAGGCACCAUAUAGGACUAAUCCGGAGGAAACUAAGGAGCAACAAAGACAAGUAGAGGACUUGCUUAGUAAGGGUUGGAUUCAAGAGAGUCUAAAUCCUUGUACUGUACCUGUCCUACUUGUGCCAAAGAAAGAUGGAAGAUAG